CGGCCGGGGGCGGCGGCAGCGGCAGUGGCAGCGGCUGGGGAGGCGGCGGCCUGGCCUGGCCUGGCCUGUCAGGGCGCGGGCGGCGGCGGUCCAGCACCAUGUCCCUGCAGUACGGGGCAGAAGAGCCGCGCCUCGCCGGCAGUUACGGCGCGGCGGAUUCGUUCCCUAAGGACUUCGGCUACGGCGUGGAAGAAGAGGAAGAGGAGGCGGCGGCGGCGGGCGGCGGCGUCGGGGCGGGGGCUGGCGGCGGCUGUGGCCCGGGGGGCGCGGAGAGCUCCAAGCCGAGGAUACUGCUUAUGGGGCUGAGGCGCAGCGGCAAGUCCUCCAUCCAGAAGGUGGUGUUUCAUAAGAUGUCACCCAAUGAGACUCUUUUUUUGGAAAGUACCAACAAGAUUUAUAAAGACGACAUUUCCAAUAGCUCCUUUGUGAAUUUCCAGAUUUGGGAUUUUCCUGGGCAGAUGGACUUUUUUGACCCAACCUUUGAUUAUGAAAUGAUCUUCAGGGGAACAGGAGCAUUGAUAUAUGUCAUUGAUGCACAGGAUGACUACAUGGAGGCUUUAACAAGACUUCACAUAACUGUUUCUAAAGCCUACAAAGUUAACCCAGAUAUGAAUUUUGAGGUUUUUAUUCACAAAGUUGAUGGUCUGUCUGAUGAUCACAAAAUAGAAACACAGAGGGACAUACAUCAAAGGGCCAAUGAUGACCUUGCUGAUGCUGGGCUAGAAAAACUCCACCUUAGCUUUUAUUUGACUAGUAUCUAUGACCACUCAAUAUUUGAAGCCUUCAGCAAGGUGGUGCAGAAGCUCAUUCCACAACUGCCAACCUUGGAAAACCUAUUAAAUAUCUUCAUAUCAAAUUCAGGUAUUGAAAAAGCCUUUCUCUUUGAUGUUGUCAGCAAAAUCUACAUCGCAACCGACAGUUCUCCUGUGGAUAUGCAGUCUUAUGAGCUUUGCUGUGAUAUGAUUGAUGUUGUAAUUGAUGUGUCUUGUAUAUACGGGCUAAAGGAAGAUGGAAGUGGAAGUGCUUAUGACAAGGAAUCCAUGGCAAUUAUCAAGCUGAAUAAUACAACUGUCCUUUAUUUAAAGGAAGUGACUAAAUUUUUGGCACUGGUCUGCAUUCUUAGGGAAGAGAGCUUUGAACGAAAAGGUCUGAUAGAUUACAACUUCCACUGCUUCCGAAAAGCUAUUCAUGAGGUUUUUGAAGUGGGUGUGACUUCUCACAGGAGCUGUGUUCACCAGAGCAGUGUCCCCAGCUUGAAAGCGUUGGCACACAAUGGCACACCACGGAAUGCCAUCUAGUCUGAAUCUCAGCUGCUGAGGCUUGGUGCCAGCUUACUCCUCACUCCAGGUUCAGAUGCCACAUGCUACAGGACAUGGGAGCUGCUGCUUGUGGGAGCCUAAUGCCUGUCUCACUAGAGACGAGGCAUAGAGUGUCUUAUUUGGAUGAAAACCUUUUUUCAGUCGGCAGUGUACAACUGAAGCUACUAUUCCUUCCUUCCUUCCUUCCUUUCCUUCCUUCCGUCCUUCCUUCCUUCCUUCCUUCCUUCCUUCCUU